CCUAAACAGGCUUAAAGAAUUUCCUAUGAAAAAGAGUAAAAAUAUUGGGGUUUUUUUUUGAGACAAAAGUUUUACUUUAUCAUUAUUUUCUGUUUUGCUUUCAGCAAUUCUUAGAGCUGCUGAAAAGCAUGACUUCCUCUUCUGUUGUUGAUAAACCUCCAGUAAGACGGGUUGCUAUCUUCGGGGGAACUCAUGGCAAUGAGUUAUCAGGGGUAUUUUUGGUCAAGCACUGGCAAGAGAAUGGAGCUGAGAUUCAAAGAACAGGAAUGGAAGUGAAACCAUUUCUUACCAACCCAAGAGCUGUGAAGAAGUGUACUAGAUACAUUGACUGUGAUCUGAACCGUGUUUUUGACCCUGAUAAUCUUGGCAGGACAGUGGUGGAAGAUAUUCCAUAUGAAGUGAGAAGGGCUCAGGAAAUCAAUCAUAUAUUUGGUCCAAAAGGUAGUGAUGAUGCGUAUGACCUUAUUUUUGACCUUCACAACACCACUUCUAACAUGGGUGGUACCCUUAUCCUUGAAAACUCCAGGGAUGACUUUACAAUUCAAAUGUUUCAUUAUAUCAAGAACGCUUUGGCUCCAGAACGCUGUCCUGUUUUGCUGAUUGAACAUCCUAGCUUGAAAUAUGCAACAACUCGAUCUGUAGCAAAACAUCCUGUUGGUGUGGAGGUGGGUCCCCAGCCACAAGGUGUUGUUAGAGCUGAUACUUUGGACAAAAUGAGGAAGAUUGUCAAACAUGGCCUUGAUUUUGUGCAACUUUUUAAUGAAGGAAAGGAAUUUCCACCGUGUACAAUUGAGGUUUUUAAAAUAAUGGAGAAAGUAGAUUAUCCCAGGAAUAAGAAUGAUGAAGUUAUUGCUAUUAUUCACCCUAAACUGCAGGAUCAAGACUGGCAGCCACUGAACAAUGGUGAUCCUCUAUUUUUGACUCUUGAUGGAGAAGUAAUUGCAUAUACAGGGGACUGUACAGUCUAUCCAACAUUUAUUAACGAAGCUGCAUAUUAUGAAAAGAAACAGGCUUUUGUAAAAACAGUAAAAAUGAAACUCACUGCAAAACAUAUCAGAUCCUCAGUCUUAGACCAGAACACUUCUUAAAGGGUUAUUACAGAUUUUCCAUACAAAAAGUGGAUUUCUUCUCUGUGAAAUCCAGUCUCAUUCAAUAGUAAUUCA